AUGGAGAACGAGACCCCGAAGCGGACCAAUCCACGGAGGGCUGCCACUAUGAAGUCUGCAACCACCCCCAACGCUGCCACCACUCCCCGGGCUGCUACCCUUCGGGCUGCUACCUCUCGGGCUGCCACCCCUCGGGCCACCACUCCGAGGGCCGCGAAGACCCCGGCCACCCCGAAGACCCCGGCCACCCCGAAGGCCGCCGCCACCCCCAAGGCCACUGGUCGCAAGCAGCCUCUGGCGAAGAAGACUGAUGAUCUCCCAGCUGAGGUCGAGACUCCGGCUGACGUUGAGGCCCCCACUUCUACCGAGACUCCCGCUGCUGCCGAGACUCCCGCUGCUGCCGAGACUCCCACUUCUACCGAGACUUCUGCUACUGCCGAGACUCCCGUUGUUGCUGAGACUUCCGCUGUUACCGGGACUCCUGCUACCAAUGGCACUACCACUGUAGAUGCGGCCCCCACCACUGAGGAGGCCUCUACUGUUGCCGAAACUCCUGCUACUCCGGCUGGCAACAAGCGUAAGGCCACCGCCGUCGCCUCGCCAGCUGCAAAGAAGGCGAAGCAAACCCCUGUCAAGGAAGAAGCCCCGGCUCAGGAGGCGGCGAAGCCGACUGUCACUCGCUUUGACAGCGACGAUGAUGACGAUGAUGCAGUUCCUCUGGUUCCCGUUCCGACGGUGGCCAAGCCCUUCAGCCAGUACUCUUCCAUCUAUGCCCCGAUUUCAGACGAUGAGGAUGACGAUGCCGCGCCGGAGAGCGUGUCGACCUCGAUCUCCACCGCCUCGGCCAAGGAGCUGCUGCUGAAGGAGCGUGCCGCUUCGCGCCUGGCCAAGGAGGCGGCCAUCCGGCGCCUGGUGGCCAUCGAGGAGCGCAAUCGUCGGCAGCGCGAGGCCAAGACCCGCCGUCAGCAGGCCCUGGAGCUGAGUGCCGCUGGGCCGGCUGGUUCGGACUCCGAGUCUGAGGAUGCCCCUUCGGUGGCGUCGGCCCCGCUUCCGGCGACCACCGAGCUGGACCUCGGUCUGCUGGAGCAAGCGGUGGCCUAUGAUGCCGGGCUGGAGGAGCGUCAGCAGGCGACUGCCGCGCGGGAUGCCUUUUCGGAGGACUUUGCCCGUCAGCAGCGCGCUGCUUCGUCGACCUCCAUCGGCCAGGUGAUCGCGCGUAAGCUCGGCGAUCGGACGCAGGUGGUGGUGUUCGAUGACGAUGAGGAUGAUGGCGCGACUGUUCCCGGGGCUGCUCUGCUGGCUCCGCCCAUUGACAAGCGCCGUGUUGACAAGGCCAUGCACUUCCGCAAUGCCGCUCUCAGUCGGUCUUCGCAUCGCACUCCGGCUGCCAAUGCCCGCACCGGGUCAGGCGCGCCGCUUUUCUUUUCCAACUACUCAGACUCCCAGACCCAAGCCCUGCGCGCGAAGAAUGCCCACGCGUCGCGUCUGCGCGCCAUCAAGCGAACCCUCUCUCGCGGGAUGGACUCCCUUGGGAAGCUGACCAGCUCGCAGGAGGCGGGCUCUGCCCCGGCCAUGACCCUCGACAAGCUUGUGGCCGUGGAGGCCUCUCGAUCCAAGGCGGUGGCGGGCGCCCUCAAGCGUCCGGCUGCCGGCAAGAAGGGUGGCGCUCACUCGCGCUCGCGCAAGCUCGUGCAGAAGCUCCUGGCCUCGAACAAGACCGUCUGAGAGGUGUGUUGCGCGCGUGUGUGUGUGUGUGUG